UCGAAAAAUGCUUUCAAGCUUCAGUGGCAUGAGAAUAUUGAUAUAGUGAUGGGUUUUUGAAAUUAUAUUUCCAUUAUGUCAGCAGGAGAAGAUUUUGAGAGGCUUCGCACAUGUAUAUGCAGGGAAACUCUAUAUGCAGCACAGUAAGUUAGGGCCGCAGGAUGCUCAGCCUCGAUGGUUGACACGUCGAGAUCGAGCCAUGUAACUUCCUUUCUAUCUAUCAUGCCCCCUUUGUUUCUUAUUCUGCGCUGUCGCUGUAUAUGAAGGUAUAUGAAGAACCUCUCCGAUGGAUCCCCUCAGCAUCACGGCGAGCAUUAUUGCCAUCCUGCAGGUCACAGCUACGUUGGUAAACUACGCCAACGAUGUCAAAGACGCCCCCAAAGAUCGUGCGCGCUUUGCGAUGGAGGCUUCAAGCCUCUCAAGCCUUCUCCUUAAUUUGAGAUACCAGAUAGAGGAAGAAAUUUGUGAGAAAUCAAAUGACGCAUGGACGAGCCAAGUCACGUUGCUCGCUGUGCGGGAUGGGCCUUUGGAUCAGUACAGACAUGCGCUGGAGAAGCUGCAGCUGAAGAUCGUGAGCGGCAAGGGGCUGGUGAAGAUUGGGAAUGCACUUUGGUGGAGAUUUACUGAAGAGGAGGUUGCGGGUAUAUUAUUGAGGAUUGAACGGUUGAAGAGCCUGAUUCAGAUUGCUCUACAGAUGGACCACUUAAAACUAUCUCAAGCAAUUAAAUCUGGCUUGGACGGGAUUUAUGACAACAGUGAAGAGAUAAAAAUUGACCUGGCCGUUGUCCGGUCCCAAAUACCUGCAAUACAAGAUAGUGUUGGUGCGGUUCAGGAGAGUGUUGAUGCGGUUCAGCAAGAGCAAGGCAGAAAGAAGAACCAGGUGCUCGUGGAGUGGAUAUCAUCGGCCAAUUACUCAUCUCAACAGUCUGAUUUUAUAUCCAGGAGGGAGCCUGGAACCGGCCAAUGGUUUCUUGACUCCCCCGAGUUCAACAAGUGGCUUGACGAACCGAGUCGGACUUUGUUUUGCCCUGGAAUCCCUGGAGCUGGAAAGACUAUGGUGUCAGCAAUUACCGUGGAUCACCUCCGUAAGGUGGCAGACAGGGCUCUCGGCGACCUCCUUGCAGUUAAGAUGGGAAAUACGCUCCACAGUGGCCUCCAUGGAGUGGCGCAGAUAUUCUGCAACUACAAAACUCAGUCAGAGCAGAACACAACUACUCUACUAUCAGCCAUUCUCAAGCAGCUGGUGCAAGCAAAGCCCUCUGCCGCAAAGGCAGCAAACACACUUUACGAGCGCCACUACGACCAGGGAACGAGACCCUCACUCGAGGAGAUCUUUGCCACACUCAAAACCACGAUGAUGAGUUUCUGGACCGUGUAUGUUGUUAUUGAUGCUCUCGACGAGUGCGCUGAUCGAGAUGGCACUCGCAGUCAGUUUUUGGGCAGGCUACGCGAUUUACAACAGGACUUUGAUGUGCGACUGAUGUUUACCUCGCGCGCUAACCCCGAUAUCAUGAGCCAGUUCAAGUCUUCGCUGACGCUGGAGAUUCGGGCCAGUCCUGCGGAUGUGAAGCGGUACGUUAGAGGCCAGAUUCACCGGCUCCCUAAAUGUGUGCAACGCGACGAGAAGCUACAGGGAGACGUUGAAGAUAAGAUCGGUGAGGCAGUGGAUGGCAUGUUCCUCCUUGCGCGUCUCCAUGUAGACUCGCUUCGGGACAAGCGGACCAAAGCCAAGGUUCAGUCUAUGUUGGGCAUGCUUCCUAGGGGCGCGGAAGCGCUAGAGGAGGCCUACGACGACGCAAUAAAGAGGAUAGAGGCUCAGUUGCCCGAUGACAGCAAGCUGGCCAAGACGGUUCUUUCUUGGAUCACGUAUGCGCAGCGGCCCCUGACUACGGCGGAGCUAUGCCAUGCUCUGGCAGUCGAUCCCGAUGAUACCGACCUCGACGAGGACAACAUUCUAGAUGUUGAAGACAUCGUCUCUGUCUGCGCUGGUCUCGUCACAGUUGAUGAAGAGAGCAACAUAGUUCGCCUCGUCCAUUACACCACCCAGGAAUACUUUUUACAGAACAGAGAGGCUUGGAACCCGACAGCUCAACAAGAGAUUACAACGACAUGCCUUACCUACCUUUCUUUUGGCCCGUUUAAGAGCGGCAGCUGUGAGGAGGACAAAGAGUAUGAGGAAAGAAUUGCGCACUACACAUUCCUCGAUUACGCCUCUCGAUACUGGGGCCACCAUGCACAGACGGUACAAGAGCAGGUGUCCGAGAUAGCGCUUGCCUUCCUACGGGACAACAAACUGGUUUCCUGUGCUGUCCAGACCAUGUCGAUAGCUGUAUAUACAUUCACUAACUAUGGCCAAUCCUUCCCGAAAUAUGCAACGGGGGUACAUCUAUCAGCGAAGUUCGGAUUGCAGUACUUGCUAGCAGGACUUUUGUCGGGGUCAGAUGGGGUUGGUGGCAUGGCGGCCGACGCAAUGGAUAGGCAUGGCCGGAAGCCGCUUACAUGGGCAGCAUCUGAGGGGCACACGGCGAUAAUAGAGUUACUACUGGAGCGGGACGCAGACAUCAACUCGAAGGACCUUUACGGUCGGACGCCGUUGUUAUGGGCAGCGCGUGGGGGGCAUGAAGCAGCUGUGAAAUUGCUUCUGGGGCUGGAUGGAGUUGACACCAAUACUAAGGAUAAGCGUGGUCGGACGCCGCUGUCGUGGGCCUCAGAUAGAGGGCAUAGGGCGGUAGCGGAACUGCUCAUGAAGCUGGAGGGCGCCGAAAUUGACAUCGGGGACAGGGAAGGAAUAACUCCAUUCUUAUGGGCGGUACAAGGAGGGGCCGAAUCGACUGUGAAAAUGUUCCUAGGGCGGGAGGAUAUCGACUUUAACGCGAUGGAUAUUCAUGGUAAUACGCCACUAAUUUGGGCGGCACGAUUGGGGCGCGAAAAUAUAGUAAAGCUGCUCCUAGAGCAUGAUGAUGUUAAAGCCAACGUCAACUUAGCGGACCCACAUGAUCAAACGCCGCUAUCGAGGGCGGCACAACUAGGGCAUGAAGCUAUUGUGAGGCUGCUCCUUGAGAAUGAGGAUGUUGUAGCUGAAGUCGACGUGGGGAACUUUCACGGCCGGACGCCACUGUCGUGUGCGGCAGAAGGAGGGAACGAAGCAACCGUGAAACUACUUGUAGAGCGGGCGGACGUCAAUGCUGAUUCCAAGGACAAUAGUAAUCGUACGCCAUUCUGGUGGGCUGCACGAGCACGGAAUGAAGAAACUAUGAAGGUGCUUAUAGACCGGGAAGAUGUCGCAGCUGACUCGAAAGACUUGAAUGGUCAGACGCCCUUGUUGUAUGCAGCGCGGCUCAGAAACAUAUCUGUUAUGAAGCUGCUUCUAGGACGACACGACGUCAACAUUAACUCCAAGGAUAUAAACGGCUACACAGCGCUCUCGUGGGCAACAGUGGAAGGAUAUGAAGAGAUUGUGAAGCUACUCUUAGAGCGAAAGGAUGUUGAAGCCAACACAAAAGAUUCUGAGGGUCAGACACCGCUAAUGUGGGCGGCAGAGCUGGGAUACGAGACAAUUGUGAAAUUACUCUUAGAGCGGGAGGACGUUAACCCUGAGACGAAGAACAACCUAGGCCAGACGGCGCUGUGGUGGGCGACGAAGACAAAGCGCAGGGUGAUCGUGGAACUACUUAUCGGGCAGAAAGCAGCCUUAACGAAUGAUUACUACCCAAAGGACGAGGACAGCUAGGCGCAGCUCUCGGCCGCAAUGCAACGGAAGAAUAGCACGGGAAGGGCAUGGAGCGAUUGUGAAACU